CCCCUAGUGCCCAGUUGGCGCCCCGCAUCCACUUCUCUCGCUCACGGAAAAUGUAACGGGCCGAGGUUCAGCUAGUUCCGUUGUUGCUGGAGACCGUGAGGAAGAGGAAGGCGAAAGCGGCGUGCCUCCUCGGCCAUUGUGAAGAUACCUCGAUGACAGAAAGUGUGUUGACAGAAGAAUAUUUGAAUAUUGACAACUGCAGUGGAAAGACGUGUAUGUUGGAAGCCGACCAGAAGUGAAUUAGAAAUCAGAAUUUAACUCAAAAUUGGACUAGAAAGAAAAAGACCAUGUCAUAUGAAAGUGUGUGAAAUUAUAUAUCAAAUGAAUAAUAGGUUUAGAGUGUAAACCAGCAAAGAAAGAAGGAAAGAAAAUAAUAAUUUACAAUGACAUCUUUUUGUCGUAUCACCGGCCAUGCCCGGAAUCUCCCCAAGCCCUGUUACUUUCCUUUGUUGCCGCCCAUUUCGCCCGCUGAUGCUAAAAAGCUGUGCAGAAUCACUGGAAAAGCAUCGACUAUACACUCCUUUUCCCCUCUCGUUUCCUUUGGUAAACCGAUGAGGUUUGAUGGCGCAGAAGGCUGUAGAAUAACAAAAUUUGAGGACUUCCAGUACAUGAGCCUCAUAUUUGAAAAGACAAAAGAUAAUGAGAAAACAUUUGAUGACCUUGAUGAUGUGCUUAGAAAAGUGAAAAGUAAACGUAAAAAACAGGUGGAAAAGGACCGUGAAUUUGUUUACCACUCGUCGGAAAUGAAGUCUAGCAUCAUCUUCCCUCCGGAGAUGGAGGAGGCGAUUCGAACAGGCGAGCUAGAGAGCGUAUCCAUGAGUAAAGAUCAUAAAUUCGUCAACAUCAAAAUCAAGCAAGGGCGGGUCGUUAAGAUAAAUCUUAAGAAGCUUCAGUUGUCAGCAGUUAAGGAACGUCAAGACCUGUACUUCGGCAGAGGGCAAAACCAGGACGUUCUGGAGCAGCAACAAGAACUUCUCAAUGAAAGGAAUAAAAGGAAAGCCAAUACGAUGGCUAGGAAAAAGCGUUUUGAAGCGCUCGAUGCCAAAGCAGAGGCCGAAGAAUUGAGAGAUACUGUAAAACCUGCUUAUAACAAGCCAAAAGUUAAAUUCAAUGCUAAACAACGAGCUGAAAAAUUAGCGAAAAUGGAAGCUAUGAUGAGAGAACAGGCAACCAAUAAAUCUAUUGUUCUUCCUAAAGUUGACACAACACAUGCACGUGAUGAAGAAUUGCAAUAUGAGAGGAUGUUGCAUGAUAUUUCAUUGGCUUGCAGGACUUCAGUGAAUCUCACCAUAUGCUCCUCUGGGUAUGACUGGCUCGAAGCUCAAGAAGCUAACCAAGCUUUUAAUUGGUUAGAUUUUCCUCAGGAAGAAUUGAUUGAUCCUGUUGAAGUUGAAACAACUAAUUUCAAAGCAGACGAAGCAGCAGUUAGGGAAGAUAUAUCAAAUCUUGACAUUGUUGUUUCGAUUGAGACUAUUCAGCCUACAAAACCAACAUCUCAAAAUAUAACUGAAGCAGUAUUUAAGCUAAAGGAUGAAAAGGUUCUUAAAUUAACUGAGGAUGUCAAUGAUGUUCUUAAAAUUGUCAAGGAUGAUGCUGAUAUUCCAUCUUUUGCAGAAAUCAGUCAAGUAGCAUCAGUCAUGGAAAAAGCAGAAGUUGGAUAUAUGGUUGAAAAUGCUAAAGGAGCACAGUUUAUUACAAAAGAAGAGUAUUUUGAGAGUGAAGCUAAGGCUGUGUCCGGCGCCAUGGUAGAGCUCAAAGACAAGAAGAAGUUUGUUACUGGCCAAGUGAUUAAACUCGGUGACCAAGAAUCCUUUGUAGCAGGUCAGACAAUUGAAACGCCGGCAGGCAAGAAAUUUGUUCCAGGUCAAACAAUCUUGGACAAAAAGGGUGAAAUCAAGUUUGUGCCCGGCCAGUGUAUGCAGAAAAGUGACGAAAGCAUCGAGUUCGUUGCUGGCCAGAUAUUUAACACUGAGAAUGGUCCACAGUUUAUACCUGGUCAGAUGAUGGACAAAGGUGAAGGCAAGGAAGUAUUCGUGUCUGGUCAAACUAUACACACUGAAGAAGGUCCCAAGUUCAGUCCCGGUGAGGUAACUGUCAAUGUAUAUGGAGAAGACGUCUUUGUUCCUGGACUGGCCAUGCCAACAGACGAAGGUGAAAGGUUUGUUGCUGGCCAAGUCUUCCAAACAGAGGAAGGAGUCAGCUUCAAGCCAGGUCAGAUUUUAGACACGGUUGAAGGUCCAUCAUUCGUUCCUGGUAAAACAUUUAAUACUCCUGAAGGUAAAAAGUUCAUCAAGGGUGACAUGGUACAAGGCGAAGAUGGCCAGUUGAAAUUCGAACACACUCCAUUUGAAGUUCCAAAGAUCAGCGAAUGGCUUGUGAUUCCUAACAAGGAACUUCAGCCAGUUGCUGUUGCAGAUACAAGUGUAGCUGGAUUUAUUGUUAAUCCAACAAAUAUGACGGCUAUUCAAAUUGGAGAAAAGUUAUAUGGUGACAUGGUGGAAACUCAAGACACAGUCCAAUUCUAUGUUCUUGGCAAACUACCCGAGAGCAUUUCCCCCGAAUCAAAGGUAAUUCCUGGCCAGCUUAUUGCCUCUGAGAAGGACCAAAGAUUUGUUCCAGGAAAGCUUAUGAGUACAGCAGAUGGUGAAAAAUUCGUUCCUGGUCAAGUUGUAAAUACAACCCAUGGUGAGGAAUUCAUACCAGGUCAAAUUGUAGAAAGUACUGAAGGACCUAAAUUUAUACCAGGACAGCUUGUUAUGACAUCCCAGGGCGAAAAGUUUGUACCAGGUCAGGUCAUCAUAGAAGAAGAAGGCCCAAAAUUUGUUCCUGGACAGAUCAUACAGACAAAGAAUGGUGCCACAUUCAUUCCAGGUCAAAUGAUGAACACAGAUGAGGGUCAGCUGUUUGUACCAGGUCAGCUAGUUGAGACAAACGAUGGACCAAGGUUUGUUCCAGGACAGGUUGUCGAGAGUCCAGAAGGUCCAAGAUUCAUUCCUGGCACAAUUAUCGAAACUGAUGAAGGGUUGAAGUAUGUUCCCCCAGAUGCGGAUGAAUACGAUGAAGAUUUUGAGUUCUCUUUCCAGGGCUUCGAAGUAAGUGCUGAGGAACUGAAGCUUCUGAUGACCAACCCCGUUCAUGCUCGCCCUCACUCCCCCAUCCUGAAUGACGAGUGUCUAAUUGACACAGCUACAUUGAAGAAGUUAGCUGACACUGUAGUAGUUCACGGGGUAACACCUGAGCCUCCACCACCUGAGAAGAAGAAGAAGAAAAGGGCACGAGUACAGAUAGAUGCAGAUGAUGGUGAGAAAAUGGAGAUUGAUGAAACUGAUGAGGGUACUGAUAAAUUAGAGGUGCUUCAAAUGCUUCUGAAGGCUUCGUCCUGCAUAAGUGAAACUAUCAAGGCCAAAGAGAUGAAAAAACUGUCCAAACAGCUUGGCGAGAAGGAACAUGAAUCAUUCUCUUCAGUCCAGGUUGACGCGAUGGCUCGUAUUUUGGGUACAGUUAAUGGAACCGGGGAUUCCUUCCGAGCCUUCUUUGGUGAUGAUGAACUUCUUAUCAGCACAAUCUUGGAGAACAUUGGUGAUAUCGAUAACCUUAUUAGAAAUGAUCAAGCCAAAAAAACCCUUCAAACUUCUAUCCAAACAAUUGUUACCAAUCGUUGCGAUCAAGAAAUUGAUGACAUCAUUCACCUUCUUAAUAUCAAUCCUGACUAUCUGCUGACAGACACUCGGACACAGAUUUUGCUCACCGAAGCUGUUGGCAUUGUAUGCGUUACUGGUAAUGUGGAAGUGGCCUCCAUGCUGGAGAAGUUUAUUUCAGAGCCCUCAGAUCCCAAUGAACUGCGCAAUAAUAAGGAUGUGGUUUCAGUAUUACGCCAACUUAUUGUACUUCACCAGAUGUCCGACCGCGAUCCAGAGGUCAGCAGAAUUCUCCAGGUGUUGCAAACUAACCCCGAAGGUGUAAAGGACCGCAGAAAAGUUCGACAGUUACUAAAGAGUACGAAACUGCUCCUCAAAAGUUCGAAGGAUGAAAGUAGGGUCACUAAAUUCGACAUCCGUCACGUCGCUUCUUCCAAAGAUAUUCCCACGGAAAUCUUCGAGCAAAUCAAAGAAGACCGGAAAGAAGCCGAUAAAUUCCUCAAGAUGCUUCCCGACGAACUCUUCCAAGCCAUCAUGAAGGACAAGCGGUGCGGAGACCGCCUCCUGGAAUCAUUGGACUCCGAGAAGGCGGGCCGAGCUAAGGCUGACCUGGAGAAAUUCAAGAGCGGAAUGGCCAUUGUAGUCACGAAGGAGAAAAUGCAGGCGGUCAUUCCCCGAGAAUUCGCCCGCUCCGUCUGUUACGGCAUCAUGCCGUACAUCCUCAUCGACGAGGAGGGCUUCAAGUUCUUUGAGCGAGGACUUACUGGCAGGAAGCUCGCGCCGGCUAGAGUGAUUGAGAACACGUGGUACAUGCCUGACUCAUACUACCUCAAGAAACCGUCGUUUGAGAGAACUAUGUCUGGCGAGCAGUAUUGCAUGGUAUUACUAGGACAACGGAGACCUUCAGCACCACAAGGCUUGCUCUACACUUCCCUUCUGCCGUCUUCAGGGCCUACCAAGCUCUCCUAUAAUAUGGACGCCAAUAACGAUGAUUCUCUCUCUCGUUACUGUUCUCGUGCUACCAACAUCAUCUGGAGCGAUUUGGACGGAGCUCCUCUCACUACUCACAGAAGAGCCUCACGAGCUUUGCCUGCUGAUCUCGAUGAGGUAGAGCCUGCGCCGUCACACAAACCACGCCGAGCCUCGCGAGCCCAUACUACAAACUUGACAGACCUAGAUUCUGUUCCUUUCACUUACCGCCGAGCUACAAGGGAGGAGAAGAAAGAGUACGGCGAAAGUUAUGCAGUUAUGCCGUAUGAGCCAAUAGUAAUUGAAGAAACACUAGACACAAAGCCAAUCUGCAGAUCAGAUACUGUGGCUAAUCUCCUUGACAAAUAUACGAACUUUUCAACGAAACGAGAAUUUGGAUAUCGAGGUCCAACCAGCGCUUGGGCACGCCACCUGGGGGAAACCCAUGCGUUUGUCUCCACUAUCCCCGAUGCUGAUGACUCUUUGGACGAUUCCAGGCGAUCACAUUCUAGAACCGGACCACCUGUGCCAGCCGAGAACGACCUCGCUGGCCUUCCAAGGUCUCGGGAACAUUCCCGUUCCCGAACGCCCCGGGCCAUCUCGACCGGUAGAGAAGUCUCAGCCAUCUCAUCCAGAGAUGAGCCAGUGAGAUCGACUGAAGCAGCCAGAAGCCAUGAUAAUCCUUACUCUUCCCGUGAAAGCCAAAUCAGUUAUGGGCGUGACAGCACCUUGUCCCACAACCGUUCUCGCUUCUCAGAUAUUUAUGAGGAAGAUGAAGACGAAGUUUUGCCUCCUCUAGAAGAGCGAAUUCAGAGACGAACAGCAGCGUUGGAACUAAAAGACGACAAUGACAUGGGCCUCAAUCUUCCUAAGGGCCGGCCCGGGGGAGCUCUUGAGCGAUAUAGACAGGGGAGAGCUCGUGAGGCACAAGGCCUUCGUGACUUUGAAGAAGCAAACGGGCUAACAGAGGAGCCUAUCAGAACUUCCAGGGCAAAGAAACUCCAAGAUAUUCGUUCUCAAGAUCCUUAUAGUAGAAACUCUCAAGAGCCCCUUUAUCACCCUCGGCAAGACCCCUAUGGCCGAAGUGCUCACGAUUCAUAUAGCCGUCCUGCACCAGAGCCAUACAAUCGCGCUGCAUACAAUCCAUAUGACUGGACUGGCCAGGAUAUGUACAAUCGGCCUUCACAGGACCAGUAUGGAAGAGCCCCACAUGAUCCUUACAGUCGCGGACUCCAUGACCCAUAUGGCCGAGGUCCUCCAGAUCCAUAUGCUUGUGUUCCUUUGGGACUUUAUGGACGGCCACCUGCAGAUUCCUACGGAUAUCAAGAUUCCUAUGGCCGAGCUUCCCAGGACGCUUAUGGUCGUGGGUAUAGUCGAGGAGGGCCAGACAACUACGAAGAUGAAAAUCGCCAGUAUGGGUCCGCUCGACGAACAUCAUAUGGUGGUGCAGCAGAAACCCGUGGUCAUGGUGGUGGAUAUGGUUUAAAUAGACCUAGCUAUGGUAAACAAUAUGAAGAUUAUAACGACGAUGACGAAUCAGAGGAUGUCUAUACAACACAGCAACGACCGGUAGCAUCUUCACUCCAUGACGGGAACCGUAGCCUCACUCCCCGACAAGAAGAACGACAGAGGAUUUCUAUCUUAGCCAGCAAAUACUUAAAAGGUUCAUCGUUGCCUGAUGACUGAUGGCUUAUUACGAAUAAUAGUUUAUAAUCAAUAAGUUGCAGAUUGAAUAAAGCCUACUGAAAAAUGUAAAGUGUAACAAUAAAAAGCCCGUGAGAAUUAAAACCACAAAAUAUUCAAGCCUUUCUUGAGUCCUUGUAUUUGUUUUGUGUUUAAGGCUUUGGCCAAACUGGAGAAAGAGAAACUGCAUUAGAACAUGACAUGUCACCACGACGCUUCUUUUCAAAUUACCUUUUUUUCUCUCUCUGAACUGGCUGAAUAUUUUAGGUUUGAGCUUUAACUUUUCAUCACGUUAGGGUACCAUUACGUACUUUCUAGACGUUUUUGGUUAGUGUUACCUUUUGUUUGGAUGAAAUUUGUUGAAAGUGUCAUUAUUGUUUUUUUUAUAAUUUAUCUAUUGUUUUAAGUUUUAUUAUCUCUUAUGUUUGCCUCUUAGAAAUCUUAUUUUAACGAAUUGACUUUAGCUAAUUUCUAUGAGAAGUGAGGGCAGCUGCAUUUCUUCCUCGUUUUUUAGACCGCGUUAGCGGUCCUCAAAAUAUAAAAUUCAUCAGUGGCCUGAUGCUGGAUUCUUUAACCUAAUUUACUUUGGCUCUUUGCCAGUGAAGAAGAUAUUUUACAUAUCAUGUGAUUGUAGCAAUAAUAAUCCUCGUCAAUAGAUUAUUAAUUAUCAAGAUAAUAGAAUAGAUUUUAUACUUACGUUUAGCAUUCAUAAUGGGAAACUAUUUACAACGGUGAAUUUUAAUAUAUAGUAAUUUUAUUUCUUUUAUUCCGUGUGGAAUUUGUUUAUAUUCUAAAAAAUUAAGUUACAGUAUUCUAUACUCAUUUGUACAGUAUCUACUCAUGCAAAUACAACAUACACACACACACACACACACACACACACACACACACACACACACACACACACACACACACACACACACACACACACACACACACACACACGCUCAUCCUUAUCCUUUAAAAAAAUGCACAGCAGUGUAUGUUCUUUUUUCGGAGUAUGUGAUUUUUGCAUAAUAAAGACUUGAAAUGUGAA